AGGUGACCUGCCCCCCCCCAUCCCGAUCCCUUGUCAGGGGCCGGGGGAGGCCGACGUCGUGGUGGACUCGAGCCGGCGGAGCGCGACGCUGGUCACUUAUCGCCUCAGCCAGGGCCGGGGGCUGCCCGAGAUGCGACAUUCAAAACGAAGUCAUUGCUCUGAGUGGGAUGAUAGAAAGAGCUGGGAUCAAGGAAAGCACAGUGCUCCCCAUAAACGCAAAAAGAGGUCCCACAGCAGUGUACAAGAAAGCAAACCCUAUAAAUCACAUCAUCUUGAAGUUUCAGACAGAUCCAUAAAUGAGAGAGAUCAUCAUGACCGAAGAUAUGUUGAGGAAUACAGAAAUGACUUCUGUGAAGUAUAUGACCACAGGCAUUAUCACAGAGACGAUGAAAAGAGUCACCAUCACCACUAUAGCAAAUCCUCUGGUCGGAGCAGGAAAAGUAGUCAUAAAAGGAAGCAUAAGAGACAUCAUUGCUCCAGUCACCAUUCACAUUCGAAGAGUCACCGAAGGAAAGGAUCCAGGAGUGUAGAGGAUGAUGAGGAGGGUCACCUGGUCUGUGAAAGUGGAGACGUACUAAGAGCAAGAUAUGAAAUUAUUGCCACAUUAGGGGAAGGGGCAUUUGGAAAAGUAGUGGAAUGCAUUGAUCACAAUAUGAGAGGAAUGCAUGUAGCAGUUAAAAUUGUGAAAAAUGUUAGUAGAUACCGUGAAGCAGCCCGUUCAGAAAUACAGGUAUUGGAGUAUUUAAACACCAUGGAUCCCAGCAGCACGUUCCGCUGUGUCCAGAUGCUGGAAUGGUUUGAUCAUCGUGGUCAUGUUUGCAUUGUGUUUGAGCUACUGGGACUUAGUACCUAUGACUUUAUUAAAGAAAACAGCUUUUUGCCAUUUCAUAUUGGUGACAUUAGACAGAUGGCAUAUCAGAUUUGCCAGUCUAUAAAUUUUUUACAUCACAAUAAGUUGACUCAUACAGAUCUGAAGCCUGAAAAUAUUUUGUUUGUGGAGUCUGACUAUGUAGUAAAGUACAACUCUAAAAUGAAGCGGGAUGAACGCACACUAAAGAACACAGACAUCAAAGUUGUAGAUUUUGGAAGCGCAACUUUUGAUAAUGAACAUCACAGUACUUUAGUGUCUACAAGACAUUACAGAGCUCCUGAAGUUAUUUUAGCGCUGGGGUGGUCACAGCCCUGUGAUGUUUGGAGCAUAGGUUGCAUUCUAAUUGAAUAUUACCUUGGUCUUACAGUAUUUCAGACACAUGAUAGUAAAGAACACUUGGCAAUGAUGGAGAGAAUGUUAGGGCCUCUACCAACUCACAUGAUUAAGAAAUCAAGAAAACGCUAUUUUCAGCAUGACCAAUUGGACUGGGAUGAACAUAGUUCUGCAGGUCGAUAUGUUAGGAGACGUUGUAAACCAUUAAAGGAAUUAAUGCAUUGUCAUGACUCAGAUCAUCAGAAUCUAUUUGACCUUGUUCGCAGAAUGUUGGAGUAUGAUCCAGCCAAAAGAAUUACCCUUGAUGAAGCCUUGCAGCAUCCUUUCUUUGACUUGUUAAAAAAUAAAUAAAUCAGAGAUCUUAUGUGUUUCUCCGAGGAGACUA